AUGCAUAUCCGAUCCUCUACCUUCGGUCUUGUCGUCCUUAUCUUUGUCACCCUUAGCCACGCAUUUGUGGACCCAACAUGCACAAAAAUGAAGGAUGCGCUAAAAGAAAAUCCUGACAAGAUUUUCCACCACUUCCAGGAACUCGUCUGCGAUAAAGGGAAAUACAAACCCAAGGUAUCCAAUUAUGAAAAAUGGGCCGACAAGAAUGCGGUACAACCUAUGAUCAAGAAGGUGAUGAAGGAUAUGGGUCUUCCGGACAAGGAAUCGAUCUUGCAGAAACUCGCCAAGCAAGUUGUUAAGGUGGUCAAAACAAAAUGCAAGAAAUACGUGACCGUGAAUCUCUGCCAAGAUCCUGAGACACUUGAGGGAUUUGGUGCGUGCUUAAAAGAUAACCUUUUGCCCGUCGUUAUGGAGAAUAUCGGCGGACUGAUGCCGCUCGUCUCUGAACCGAUGUGCAAAAAGGAGUUCGCGUAUCUGCAAAAAGAUGAAUUGUGGGACAAAGUCAUUCCUUCCUAUAUGUUCAAAUAUGCUGCAGUCUGCAAGAAACUUAACUACGAAGCCAAGGGGACGGUUAUAUCCACUGCGACGCAAUAA